AAUAGAAGUCGUUCACAGGUCAUGAAGCAGUUUCCGCCUGGUGGAAGUUCAGCGGGACGCCUACAGGACGACAAAGUUGUGAUCCCUUCCUCCCCCUUGCGGAGCGUCCUGUCACUGGUGGAAAAUGGCUGCUCGGAGCAGCUCCCCAAAGCUCAGAGAAAACUAAAAAAAAAGAAAAGAAAAAGAAAAGUCUGCUUUAACAACAAGAGAGGUCUCAGCUGGACCUUUUUUUCUUUCUACCAGACUUAAAGGAGGACAACUCGGGGAAGCCUCGACACUGAGGAUGUCUCGCUGGGUGCCCACCAAAAAGGAAAAGUAUGGUGUUGCAAUCUAUAACUACGAUGCCCGGGGAGAGGAGGAGCUGUCGCUGCAGAUUGGAGACACAGUGCACAUACUCGAGACAUAUGAAGACUGGUACAGAGGGCAUAGGCUGAGGAGAAAAUCCAAAAAGGGCAUAUUUCCUGCUUGUUACAUACACCUGAAAGAGGCCACCGUCGAGGGCAGUGGACAAAAGGAGACGGUCAUUCCCACUGAGCUGCCACUGGUUCAGGAGGUCACCACCACACUGCGGGAGUGGGCUACAAUAUGGAGGGACUUGUAUGUGGGCGACAAACGCGAGAUGUUCAACUCUGUCCGUGACAUGAUCUACGACCUCAUCGAAUGGCGUUCUCAGAUCCUGUCCGGCACCCUCCCGCAGGACGAGCUCACCGAGCUCAAACAGAAAGUCACCUCCAAGAUAGACUACGGCAACAAGUACUUGGAUCUCGAUCUGGUGGUCAGAGACAAAGAUGGAAACAUACUGGAUCCAGAGCUCACCAGCACCAUCAGCCUGUUCAGAGCACACGAGGCAGCCUCCAAACAAAUUGAAGACCGGAUACAGGAGGAGAAGUCUCAGAAGCAGAAUAUUGAUCUGACCAGGCAAGCAAAGUUUGCCUCCACGCCAGCGUUCGCUCUCUUUGUGACUCUGAAGAACGUGGUGUGUAAGAUCGGCGAAGACGCAGAAGUGCUCAUGUCACUCUACGACCCAGUGGAGUCCAAGUUCAUCAGUGAAAACUACCUGGUGAAAUGGUCGAGUUCAGGUCUGGUGAAAGACAUAGAUCAGCUUCAUAAUCUGCGCUCUGUCUUCACGGACUUAGGCAGUGAAGACCUGAAGAGAGAGAAGAUCAGCUUCGUGUGUCAGAUAGUCAGAGUGGGGCGCAUGGAGCUAAGAGACAACAACACCAAGAAGCUGACAUCAGGACUGAGAAGACCCUUUGGAGUUGCGGUAAUGGAUGUCACCGACAUCAUAACGGGAAAAAUGGACGAUGAGGACAAGCAGCACUUUAUCCCAUUUCAACCGCUAGCGUUGGAUGACGCCAUUCGCCACAAGCAGCUGAACAUCUCCCGUUUUUCACCCAGGGUGGCAGGGGAGAACGACUUCCUCCAGACAGUCAUCAACAAAGUUAUCACCGCCAAAGAGGUCAAUCACAAGGGCCAAGGCUUGUGGGUCACUCUGAAGUUGCUCCCUGGAGACAUCCAUCAGAUAAGGAAGGACUUCCCUCACCUGGUGGACAGAUCAACAGCUGUGGCUCGCAAGAUGGGCUUCCCUGAGAUCAUCAUGCCAGGUGACGUGAGAAACGACAUCUACGUGACUCUGGUUCAGGGGGAUUUUGACAAGGGAAGCAAGACCACACCCAAAAACGUCGAGGUGACCAUGUCUGUUUAUGACGAGGACGGCAAGAAACUGGAGUGCGUGAUCUUCCCUGGAGCUGGUGAUGAGGGCAUCAAUGAGUACAAGUCUGUCAUCUACUACCAAGUGAAGCAGCCACGCUGGUUUGAAACGAUAAAGGUUGCCAUUCCUAUCGAAGACGUGAACCGGAGCCACUUGCGGUUCACCUUUCGCCACCGCUCAUCGCAGGACUCCAAAGACAAAUCAGAGAAGAUAUUCGCCUUGUCUUUCGUGAAGCUGAUGAGGUACGACGGGACGACUCUGAGGGACGGCGAGCAUGAUCUCAUCGUGUACAAGGCAGAAGCAAAGAAGCUGGAGGACUCGUCUCUGUACCUGAACCUCCCCGCCACAAAGCUGGAGCUGGAGGAGAAGGGCUACUCUGCCACCGGGAAAAGCACCCAGAACCUGGGCAACUGUACCAUCAGUAAGGACUCCUUCCAGAUCGCCACCCUGGUUUGCUCCACCAAGCUUACACAGAACGUGGACCUUCUUGGCUUGCUGAAGUGGCGCUCCAACACCAGCCUCUUGCAGCAGAACCUCCGUCAGCUGAUGAAAGUGGAAGGUGGCGAGGUCGUCAAGUUCCUGCAAGACACUCUGGAUGCACUCUUCAACAUCAUGAUGGAGAACUCUGACAGUGACACUUUUGAUACUUUGGUGUUUGAUGCCUUGGUGUUCAUAAUUGGGCUUAUAGCCGACAGAAAGUUCCAGCACUUUAACCCUGUUCUGGAGACCUACAUCCGAAAGCACUUCAGUGCCACACUGGCAUAUACGAAGCUGACCAAAGUACUGAAGAACUAUGUGGACAAUGCUGAGAAGCUGACGGAACAGCUGCUGAAGGCCAUGAAGGCUCUGGAGUACAUCUUCAAGUUUAUCGUCCGCUCCAGAGUCCUCUUCAACCAGCUCUAUGAGAACAAAGGAGAGGCCGACUUCAUGGAGUCCUUGAGGAACCUUUUCACAUCCUUCAAUGACAUGAUGAACAGUAAUUCAGAGAACACUGGCAUGGUGAAGGGUGCUGCACUGAAGUACAUUCCCACCAUUGUCAACGAUGUCAAGCUUGUCUUUGAUCCAAAGGAACUAAGCAAGCUGUUCACCGAGUUCAUCCUAAAGGUUCCUCUGGGUCGCCUGGUGAAACAGAAGCUAGACUGUCUGAUUGACAUCGUCCACAGCGAUCUCUUUACUCAUCACGAUUGCCGCGAGAUCCUUCUGCCGCUGAUGACGGACCAGCUGAAGUUCCACCUGGAGAAGCGGGAAGAGCCGAAGGCUUGCUGCCAGCUGCUAAGUGACAUCCUGGAGGUGCUCUACAGGAAGGAUGUGGGCCCCACCCAGUGGCACGUUCAGAUCAUCAUGGAGAAGCUGCUGAGGACCGUUAACAGGACAGUCAUCUCCAUGGGCCGUGACUCCCCUCACAUCGGGAGCUUUGUGGCCAGCAUGACUGCCACACUGAGGCAGAUGGACGACUAUCAUUAUGCUCAUCUGAUCAGCACCUUUGGCAAGAUAAGGAGCGAUGUGGUGGAUUUCCUAAUGGAAACAUUUAUCAUGUUUAAAGAUCUCAUUGGGAAAAACGUCUACCCCUCAGACUGGGUCAUAAUGAACAUGAUGCAAAAUAAAGUGUUCCUACGGGCCAUUAAUCAGUAUGCGGCAGUGUUGAACAAGAAAUUUCUGGAUCAAACCAACUUUGAGCUACAGUUGUGGAACAACUACUUUCAUCUGGCUGUAGCCUUCCUCACCCAGGAGUCACUGCAGCUGGAGAACUUCUCAAGCGACAAAAGAGCCAAGAUCUUCCAGAAGUACCAGGACAUGAGAAGACACAUUGGCUUUGAAAUCAGGGAUAUGUGGUACAAUCUAGGGCCCCACAAGAUAAAGUUCAUUCCAGAGAUGGUGGGUCCCAUCCUGGAGAUGACGCUUGUUCCUGAGAUCGAGUUGCGAAAGGCCACUAUCGCCAUCUUCUUUGACAUGAUGCAGUGCGAGUUCCACUUCACGUGCAGCUUCCAGCGGUUUGAGAACGAGAUCAUCACCAAGCUGGAUCACGAGGUGGAGGGGGGCCGCGGAGACGAGCAGUACAAAGUUCUCUUUCAGAAAAUUUUACUCGAGCACUGCAGGAAACACAAGUACUUGGCCAAGACGGGCGAGAACUUCGUCACCCUGGUGGUUCGCCUGCUGGAGAGGUUGCUGGAUUACAGGACCAUCAUGCACGACGAGAACAAGGAAAACCGCAUGAGCUGCACUGUCAACGUGCUGAACUUUUAUAAGGAGAUCGACAGAGAGGAGAUGUACAUCAGGUACCUGUACAAGCUGUGUGACCUCCACAAAGAGUGCGACAACUACACAGAGGCUGCCUACACUCUGCUGCUACACGCCAAACUGCUCAAGUGGUCAGACGAGCCAUGUGCAGCCCACCUCACCCAGAGAGACGGCUACCAGGCGACCACUCAAGGACAACUUAAGGACCAGCUCUACCAGCAGAUUAUCAAUUACUUCGACAAGGGCAAGAUGUGGGAGGAGGCAAUCAUUUUGGGAAAGGAACUGGCUGAACAGUACGAGAACGAAAUGUUUGACUUCGAGCAGCUGAGCGCCUCCUUGCGAAAGCAAGCCCAGUUCUACGAGAACAUAGUGAAGGUCAUCCGGCCCAAAUCAGACUACUUCGCCGUAGGCUAUUACGGCAUGGGCUUCCCCUCCUUCCUACGCAACAAAAUGUUCAUCUAUCGUGGAAAGGAGUAUGAGCGCAGAGAGGAUUUCGAGGCCCGUCUUCUCACACAGUUUCCCAACGCAGAGAAGAUGAAGACGACCACGCCACCCAGCGAGGACACAAAGUGUUCCUCCGGACAGUACAUCCAGUGUUUCACAGUGAAGCCCAUCCUAGACCUGCCUGCCAAGUUCCAAAACAAACCCGUCUCUGAACAAAUAGUGAGCUUCUAUACAGUUAAUGAAGUCCAUAAAUUCCAGUACUCCAAGCCAGUGAGGAAGGGAGAAAAGGACCCCGACAACGAGUUUGCGAACAUGUGGAUCGAGAGGACCACGUACGCCACAGCCUACAAACUUCCUGGCAUCCUGCGCUGGUUUGAAGUCAAGUCAGUCUCCACAGAGGAGAUCAGUCCACUGGAGAACGCCAUGGAAACGAUGCAGCUGACCAAUGAGAAGAUAAGCAGCAUGGUGCAGAGGCAUCUCAACGAUCCCAACCUUCCCAUCAAUCCUCUUUCCAUGCUGCUGAAUGGGAUUGUGGACCCAGCUGUCAUGGGAGGUUUUACCAACUAUGAGAAGGCCUUCUUCAACGAUAAGUACAUGCAGGAGCACCCAGAGGACCUUGAGAAGAUAGAGAAACUGAAGGACCUUAUUGCCUGGCAGAUCCCGAACCUCGCCGAAGGUGUUCGCAUCCACGGAGAGAAGGUCACAGAGGCGCUGAGGCCUUUCCACGACCGCUUGGAGGCCUGCUUCAAGCAACUGCGGGAGAAAGUGGAGAAACAGUAUGGUGCAAAGUCCCUGCCGUCAGCAGACGAAAGGCGGGGGCCUCGUCCUCACUCCAUGGUGCGCUCCUUCACCAUGCCCUCCUCCCAAAGGCCGCUGUCAGUGGCUUCAGUCACCUCCAUCUCCUCUGACAACUCCCCCUCCAGGCCUGGAUCAGAUGGUUUCGCCCUGGAGCCUCUCCUGCCAAAGAAGCUGCACACCAAGUCUCAGGACAAGCUGGACCGGGAUGAGCCCGAGAAGGAGCGCAAGGAGAAAAAGAAGGAGAAGAGGAACAGCAAGCACCAGGAGAUCUUUGACAAAGAGAUGAAGACCACAGAGAUCCCACUGCAGCCUACUGAAGCUGUCAUACUGUCAGAGACGAUCAGCCCCCUGAGGCCCCAGAGACCAAGGAGUCAAGUUCUCCAAAUUGGUGGAGACCGACGUCUCUCUGUGUCCCCUGGACCACCUUCGUCUUCCUCCAACUCCACCUCCUCGCCAGGACCCCCACCCAUCACGCCAAGGAGUAAACUCUCCUUCAGCCUGCACACUGUUUCCAAUCUGGAGCUGAACGGCAUGGGCUGCUCUGACAAAGGUGAAAUCCCUCCUCCGCUGCCUGUGAAAGGCAGCACGGCUGAUUAUGGCAACCUGCUAGAUAAUCAAGACUUGACGAGUCCCUCGACGCCUCCACCACCCCCGCCACAUCAAAGGCAUCUUCCACCUCCUCUGCCCAGCAAGACCCCUCCUCCACCUCCUCCCAAGACCACCAGGAAACAGGCCUCCAUCGAUUCAGGAAUUGUACAGUGAACAAAGACGCUGAGAGUAGGACCAAACAACACACUGACAACACAACAAAAACAACGUCAACAGUAACCACCAAUCCCCCCUCCCCCUGAGCACCACCAACCCUUUAAAAAAAAAAAGGCGGUUGUUUUUUACCCACACAUUCCUCGCUCCCUGUCCCAGCUUGACAAGAUGAAUACCUCACUGCAACCCGCCCCUUCUUAUCAUGUUUUUAUUUUUUUAGUAUUUUUUUUAACUUUCAUGUUUUGCCUUCAGUUUGACGAUGACGCAGUCUGCAACAGGGGAGCAUGUUGCACAUGAUGAGUAGUCACUGAAUUUGUAGAUGCUGUCUCUACCAUGCCACUUCAAGACUUCAUCAGGACAUUCAGACAGAUAAGCUUGGACCAACAGCUUUCCAAUACUGACGCACUCUCAAAAGUAUAUGAGAGCACAUUAGAACAAUUCCUCUUUUUAUUCAUAUUCCCACUAUGUACAGAGGUUUGUAUAUAUGAUUUUAUUUUAUUUCAGGUUUUUUUUUUUUUUUUUUUUAUGUGAUUUGAUCAUGACUCUUUUUGUAUUAACGUAUCAUUAGUUUAAGUGGCAUUUAUAUGAAACAAAAAAAAAGGGCUUGUAGGUUUUGAAUUGACAGGGACUUUACAGAGUUUGGUAUGUGAGAAUCUAUCAUGGAUCUUUUAAAUUUUGGAGUGCACAUACAACUAACUCCUAUCGCAUUAUCAUUGUUCAGACCUUGUCCUAGAUUGCUGUAACCUUGGAUUUCAAUAAUAUUGACUGUUCCCAAUUCACUACUGACAUGACUUCUGAAUAAACUUUCAAAUGUAUGUAUUUUUAAAGAAAAGAAAAAA